UACAGAUCCAAGCACCUCCGUGAAAUCUAGGUUUUCUAUUCAUUCCCGUUUGGCAUUUUUCAAGCUUUGGUGGAAUAAACAGUCGGUCAGUGAUGGGCCACUCUAACGUCUGGAACUCUCACCCCAAAACCUACGGCCCUGGCUCUCGCGCUUGCCGUGUUUGUGGAAACCCCCAUGCCAUCAUCAGGAAAUAUGGUCUCAUGUGUUGCAGGCAGUGCUUUCGUAGCAAUGCCAAGGAAAUUGGAUUCAUCAAGUACCGUUGAAUUUUAUCUGGUUUAAAGCAAGGACUUUGUCCAACUAUCUACCUUCAAUAUAUGUUUUCUUCUUCUUUGGGGACGGGGCUAAUUUAGUAUGAACCUUAAAGUAAUUGUUGAACUAAGAGUACUUUGUUGUUUCUCAAUGAAGUAAUCAUAAUGUUUUAAUUCAGUAAUUUACUUAUUGUUAAGUUUGCAUGUUUUUUGUGUUUGUCAUGCGAUGAUCCUGUUGAUAAUUAUUAUUUCGCGUGA